CUUGAAUAUUGAUAUAUAUGAGAAGAAAAGAAAAAAUCAAAACUGGUGAUGGGAGAAAAAAAUUGGAAGGAUUGGAGACCUUUUGUAUACGGAGGUUUAGCUUCGAUUGUUGCAGAGUUGUGUACUUUUCCUUUAGACACGACAAAAACACGCUUGCAAGUACAAGGCCAGAAAUAUGAUGAAAAGUUUGCACGUUUAAAAUAUUCUGGCAUGACUGAUGCUUUAAUACAAAUAUCUAAACAAGAAGGAAUAAAGGGUUUAUAUUCUGGGAUUAGUUCUGCAAUUUUACGACAAGCGACAUAUGGAACUAUAAAGUUUGGGACUUACUAUUCACUCAAAAAAGCUGCAAUUGAUACUUGGGCAACAGGGGAUUUAGUCACAAUAAAUAUUGUGUGUGCAGCAUUAGCUGGAGCUAUAUCCAGUGCGAUUGCCAAUCCUACUGAUGUAGUAAAAGUUCGUAUGCAAGUUACUGGCAAUGAAAGAAAUAUAUCUCUGUUUACUUGCUUUCAAGAUGUAUAUAGAUAUGAAGGUGUUCGUGGACUUUGGAGGGGUGUUGGACCGACUGCUCAACGAGCAGCUGUUAUUGCAGCUGUAGAAUUACCUAUAUAUGACUAUACCAAGAUUAAAUGUAUGAGUUUAUUGGGAAAUAGCGUUAGUAAUCAUUUUGUAUCUAGUUUUAUAGCUAGUAUGGGAAGUGCUGUAGCUUCAACGCCUAUAGACGUAAUUCGCACCCGAUUGAUGAAUCAAAAGAGAGUGCACAUAGCUAGUAAGAAGCAUUCACCAUACAUUUACAGUGGCAGUAUAGAUUGUUUGGUUCAGACAAUUAAAAAUGAAGGAGUUCUAGCACUGUACAAAGGUUUUAUUCCGACGUGGUUCAGGAUGGGACCGUGGAAUAUUAUAUUUUUUAUUACCUAUGAACAAUUGAAACAGUUGUGAUGCAUCGUCGACUAUUAUAUUGAAUAUUCAAAUUUCUCACUGCGAUAAGAUUUGGAAAUAUAAAAAUCAUUAUAUUAUGAAUUUAGCAUUACUAUCUGAUAAUCUCAAUUGUAUAUAACUCUUUAAUUGUGAAAGUGACUAUUGAUUAGUUACUUUAAUGCCAUAUAAAAUAAGUAAUACUUAAGCACAUAAAAAUGAAUUAGACACAGCACUUUUCAGCGUUAAAAUAAUUGUAAAAAUAGAUACAAAAAAUGAAAGUAACCAGAAAAAUUUAAGAGCUUCCCAAAGUACAAGCUUCCACAAAUUAUUUUAAUUGAUAAAGACUACAAGUUAUACCCCUACAUUCAAUAUAUUACAGUUUUUUAUA